GCUUAUUUCUAAAAAUGUAGCCAACGUACGCUGGAAGCUCGAGCUUCCUCACCACCCACAUCUAUACCAGAAGUCCUAAAAUGGCUCCCACCGCUCCAGCGCCCUUCUCGGAACCACUCCUCCCUCAGCUCGACCUCCCGGCGAAUCCAUACUAUACUGAGAAGCACCACCGUCUGCGCGCAUUUGUCCGCAACUACGUCGACACUGAAAUCGCACCCUAUGCGCAAGAAUGGGAAAUAGCAGGCCAGGUGCCUGAGCACGUCCGUCUACGGCAUUGUCAGCUAGGGUUUGCAAUCACGCAUCCCGUCGUCGAUCCAGCCGAUGCGGGCGGUAUUCAACAUCCUGCCGGAAUACCCUACGACGAAUGGGAUACUUGGUGCAGUGUGAUUGUAGGGGAUGAGUUCGCUCGCCUAGGAUGGUGUGGUCCAAUAUGGGGUCUAGGAGGGGGAAAUGGAAUCGGCUGCCCGCCUCUCUCGCGCCAUGGAAGUAAAAAACAAAGAGAAAGGUGGUUGCCGAAAGUUGCUAGGGGAGAGAUCAGAUUUUGUCUGGGUAUCACCGAGCCAGAUGGAGGAAGUGACGUGGCAAACAUAAGGACGACUGCGGAGAGGAGAGGAGAUUCUUAUAUUGUGAAUGGUAGCAAGAAAUGGAUCACCAACGGAAUCUGGUGCGACUUCGUUACCGCCGCCGUGAGAACGGGUGGACCUGGCCGUGGAGGUAUCAGCCUGUUGGUUGUGCCGCUAAAAGCAAAGGGUGUUACAACAAGAAGGAUGGAGAAUCAGGGAGUCAACGCCAGCGGAUCGACCUUUAUCACUUUCGAAGACGUCGAAGUCCCAGCAGACAAUCUCAUUGGACAAGAAAACCACGGCUUCCAGCUCAUCAUGUCGAACUUCAACCCAGAGCGCUUGUCUCUGGCCACCGCGGCACUCCGUCUCGCCCGAGUCUGCGCUCAAGACGCAUACACUUACGCUUGCGAACGCGAAACCUUUGGCAAGAAACUGAUCGACCAUUCUCCCAUCAAGUCGAAGAUUGCGUCCUUCGGACUCCUCAUUGAGCCCGCCCACGCGUUCCUAGAACAGCUGUGCUACAUCAUCGAGACUUCCCGCGUUACAGGAAAGGAGGUCAAUGUUGGCGGUAUGACGGCCUUGUUGAAGGUGAUGAGCACAAGGUGCCUGGAGAAAGUCUGCCGAGAGGCCCAACAGAUUAUGGGCGGAGCAGGUUAUUCCAAAACUGGACGAGGCGCUCGGAUCGAGCAGAUCAGUCGAGACGUGCGUGUCCAUGUUGUCGGUGGUGGAAGUGAAGAGAUCAUGCUUGACCUGGCUGUCCGUCAGGAGGCGAGGGAUGUCAAGCUGAGAGCUGCUAGGCUUGCAGCAAGCUCAAAGCUGUAGAGGAACAAAACUUAAUUGAA